AGUCUUAGACAAAAGUGGUUCAAUUAUAUCAAUAUUUGAUUUUCACAUAAACCUCAUAAUAUCAACAGGUCAAGAAAUUGAUCCAUAUUUAUGAUACAAACUAAUCUUCAAAGUGAACACAAAAAGAAGUAGAGGAAUUAACAUACUUCUACAUAUUCAUGAAAUAGAAGUACACAUUGACUUAUUUGGUAGAAUUUUUCGUAGAUUUUUUUAUUUUUAAAGUUGUUGAAAUGUUCAACAAUUUCAACCUACGAUUAAUCCUUGCAGUUUGCACUGUUAACCUACUAGCCUUUGCUACUGGCAACGUGUACUCAUGGUCCUCAUCAGCAUUGAUAACACUGAAGACACCAGAAGAAUCUCCCUUGGAUCAUGCUGUGACACCUAUGGAAGAAUCAUUGAUUGCCUCUUUGCUCAGCUUGGGCGCCCUAUUUGGACCUCCACUGGCUGGAUUCAGUUCAAACUUGCUAGGAAGGAAGACAACAUUGAUGGUAUUCGCAUUACCAAUGGUUCUGUCAAAUUUGAUAAUCAUAUUUGCAACUGAAACUUCACAUUUUUACAUAGCAAGAGUCUUGACCGGUAUAAGUGCUGGAGGUGUAUAUACUGUAGUACCUAUGUAUGUUGGUGAAAUAUCAGAAACAACGAUACGCGGCUUUUUGGCUGGUUUCAUUGGAAUAUUCUAUUCUUUAGGACUAUUGUUUAAUUAUGUUGUUGGUCCUCUUGUGAGUUUACAAACGCUGAGUAUUAUAAUGAUUGUACCUAUAGUACUAUUCUUGAUUUUUUUCGGUAUGUUCAUACCAGAAAGUCCAUAUUAUUACUUCGCCAAAGGCAGAGACAUUCAAGCCAAAGAGAGCCUGAUGAAAUUGAGAAACACCUUUGAGGAAAAAGAACUAGCUUUUAUCGAAGAAACUCUGAGCAAAUCAAAGACCGAUAUUUCUAUAUCUUCUCUGUUUGGCAAUACUGCAUUUAGAAGAGCCAUAACACUAACCACAACCAUAGUUAUUUUACAACAACUUGUGGGUAUAUCUGCUAUCUUAGCAUAUAUGGAUGACAUUUUCAUAGCUUCUGGAAGUACAAUAUCAUCAUCUACCUCCACCACAAUUGUAGCAGUGAUUCAAGUACUGUCAGUGGUGCUAUCCUCUUGUUUAGCUGAUAAGUUAGGCAGAAGGAUCCUUCUGAUGGUAUCUAACACGUUAUGUGCUUUAUCUCUUUUCCCUCUAGGUUUUUAUUUCUACAUAAAGCACAAUGGAGGUGAUGUUUCUGCUUUGUGGUACCUACCAAUCUUAUGCGUUAUCGGUUUCAUCAUUGGGUACAACUUUGGUUUGUGUACCAUACCUUGGACUCUUUUAGGUGAAUUAUUCACGAACGAAACUAAAGCUAUAGCAUCAUCAGUAACAACUGUUAGUUGUUUCUCUUUUGCAUUUCUUUUCUCAUUCUUGUUUCCACAUUUGAAAGUGCUUAUAGGUUUCAGUGGUGUUUUUUGGUUUUGUGGAUGUAUAGGUAUUAUCCACUUGGUGUUUAUAAGUAUUUUCUUACCUGAAACUAAGGGAAAGAGUUUCGCUGAAAUCCUUGCUUUAUUGGAGGGUAGUGGAUCAGAGAAAGAUACAUAUGAAUCAUUGAAAAUGUCAAAAGUUACGUCGAGUUGAGUCGUUUUGUUAAUAUUUUCAUGCCAAUUGUUGAGAGUGAACAUUACUAUUGCUUAAAUAUAUUUCGAUUUAGGUAUCUGAAUCGAUCAUUGAAUCAGAAUGGAAUCAGAUAGAAUAUGAAUUAAUUUGUGUUUGAUGUGACAGAAUAAGUUUUAUUAUUCUGAUGGUUAAAAUUCGCUCAACAUGUGACUCCUCUUAUCGAUAAAUAAUUCAUGUUGGGUAUCAUUAAGUAAAAAAUAUGUGGGACAGUAAAAAUUAUCCUAAUUAUGAUGUGAAAUAAAGCCAUUUCUGAUAAUUUUAUCGUUUUCUUCAUUUUCCAAUUUUUUAUGAGUGGUGAUAUGUUAAUUCCUUCCUUAUAAAUAUCGUUCAUUUCCCAUUGUAUACAUACCUCCUAUUACCACUAAAAAUGAAAUAUCUUCCGUUAUUUUUGCUUUUUGCUCUAAUAUUCAGCACAUAUCAAGGCUAUGCCGAGGAAGAUGACGAAGAGGAAGACGACGAUGAUGACGUCCGCACCUGCCUUAAGUGCACGACAACUGACCAGAACAGCAACUGCAGAAGAGGAGUGUCAAUAAAUCAGUCAUGUCAAGGGAGAACUUGCUAUGCUUUGCUGUACGUCGAACACAAUAAGGGCAUCUUUGGAAACGAUAUGCCAAAAGCUUGGUGGUAUAGAUCUUGCACCAACUCCACAGAAAAUCUUUGUGAAGGCAGGCCUGCCAGAGAAUGCAGAACUUGCAAUGACAAGGAUAAAUGCAAUUAUAUUGCCCUUGCAACUUACUAUUAAUUUCUCAUGGUCAAAAUUCCAUCUUGAAAAUUUGAUGUAAAUAAGUUAUUUCUUCCAAAAUAACCUUAUUAGCAAUUAGAGAAAAAGUUGAUUCCGAAAAAUGUUAAGAAAUUUGAACAUCAACAAUAAUAAUAAAUGGUAUAUGAAUAAGUUUACUGUUUUCUCCAAUUGAAUCAUUUCAACUGGUUCCAACCUCACUUAUCAAUAAACGAAAUGCUACAUUAAAGGAAACUAGUGAAAGUAGGGAAGAUAUGAUCCUUAUUACUGCAAUAAUUAUACGAGUUAAACUUUUAUCUUCAACUUCUUUCUUCAUUAUUUUCAAUUGCUUUAAUUGGCAUUUUUUUAAUGGAUAUAUUAGCUCGAGUCUAUAAGUAUGGACAGUUAAGCAUAUCUCAAAAAUUUUCAUGAAAAAAUGAGGUUUUCCGCUACAAUACUGCUGAUUUUUGUCAUACUAUUCUGCAUCGAUGUAGGAAUAUCUAAGAAGUGUAAAAAAAAGGGAGUAAUACCACCACCGGAUCAACCACGUACAUGCAUAUGGUGUGAAUCGACUUCCUCUUCCAGUUCUUGUAGAACUGCAUCAUCAACAUCAAUGACAUGCAGAGGAAAAACUUGCUUUGCUCGGCUAUACGUCGAAAAGCUUAGAGGCGUUUUUAAUCAAUUAAUAAUUAAAGAUUGGUGGCUUAGAGGAUGUACCAAUGGUACUGAUCCUUGUGGAGGAAAGAAUUCUAGAACGUGUUAUUUCUGCCAAGGAAAGAAUCUAUGCAACGAUGAUAUUCUUCCUGAAUUCUAAAUUCCACACUUACUUCAAGUUCAUGAUGAUGAUAAAUUAUAGGAAGAAGAUUGAUUUAUUCACAUCUAUGUUAUAAUAAAAUCAGUUCCUU